AUGCUGGCCGUGGAGGCGGCGGAGUUGGACUGCGUCGAGAGACUGCUGGCGCGUAGCGAUCUGGAGGCCGGCAAAGUGGAUGCGCGCGGUCGCACCGUGCUGCACUAUGCAGCGCUCGCCGCGCCCACCGACGACGGCGUCGACUGCCUGCGUCAGCUGCUGGAAAGGCGUGACCUGCACCCGGCAGUCCCUGACGCAGAGGGCCACAAACCGGCAGACGUGGCCGCCGAUCUACAGGUGCGCCAAAUGCUGGAGGAGGCGUGUUCUCGACGGUCGCCGCCUCUCCUUGUUCGUCAGAAACGAUCCAUGCUGAUUUCACAGCAAACUUCCCCGUGGCAGCGCUAUUUCGAUAGCCUGGUCAUUGGCGACUACGAAUCAUUCAUAAAAGACAUCGACGAGCUAGGCGAAGAGGGAAGAGAGAUUUUGGAUAACAAGAGCGGGCAGUACACACUACUGCAAUUCGCUGUUAUCAGAGGACAGUGCGAGGUGGUCAAAGCUUUGCUCGAUAAGGGCGCUGACCCCAACUGUAUCGGCGUCUCCGACAAGCACGCUAGCCCUCCCCUGGUGCUGGCCUCAUUUAUAGCGUCUAAAGGAAAAGACAGCGUCGCUAAAAAAAUGAUAACACUGCUGCUCCAGACAGAAAGGACCGACGUCAACGCCAGCAACGUCCGAGGGUACACAGCGCUGCAUUUCGUGUCCAGGAACGCUGAUCUGAAUACAGUUAUUGAACUCCUCAACCGCGGUGCCAAUAUGAGAGCAAAGAGCUCCUAUGGCGAGUAUCCACUCAGUGCUGCGAACGUCGACGCACUACUCAACAACAGUCUCAGCUCUACCGACAACUGCUUGCCGACACAUCUCCAGUACGUCAUAAAAUUCAACUUCAGUCUGCUGCUCACCGAUGUCAGGUCAUCAGUUCCUACGCCAUUUGCUAAAAUAUUACACAGGGACACUAAAGAUCCAGAGAAAGCGCUUCUUGAGUCUGAGAAACGCAUAGGUACCCCAACACGUCGCUUGUAUUCUGAAAUGCGUUUCCUGCGUUUCUUAAGCCACUCAGAAGAACAUGAAGAAGUUCUACAUCACCCAGUAAUCAAAGCGUUCCUACACUUGAAGUAUAAGCGAAUAACAUGGCUAUUGAGGCUGAACUUCAUCUUGUACUUCACAUAUGUGCUUGCUUUUAGUUCAUUCAUAUGGGUGCAGUAUAGUAACACGGAGAAGCGCGACACCACUGCAUGGAUCGUCUUGAAUGUGUUAACGUGGGUGUGCUUGGUACCAAUCGCAGUAAGAGAAAUCUUUCAAAUGAUUCACCCGAAAUCGUACUUCAGAAACGUUCAGAACUACAAAGAUAUGUUAAUGCUUUCUGGCACAGUAUUCACCCUAAUUUUUACUCCCCAGAAUGGUAUUGGUAUGUGGUGGACAACCCUAACGAUAAUUCUCUCGUGGUUUGAACUAUUAUGGCUUUGUGGCCGUUUCCAAACACAUGCAAUGUAUGUCGAGAUGUUCAGAACGGUUUUGCGAAAUUAUACUUACUUCUUCACCAUAUUUUCUUUGAUCAUCUUAGGGUUCUCGUUCUCUUUCUACGUGGUAUUCUCCUCAGACAGAAAUACAAUUCCCAGCAACGACACGACGGUUGACACUGUACAUUACUUCUCCCACCCCCUGUUCACUUUAUUCAAAAUAGUCAAUAUGAUGGCUGGAGACAUGGCCCCAGACAUCACUCUCAAUUUAGACGUCGUCCUUGCAUGCUUCGUUGUCACUCUUUUCAUGUUCUUUCUACCAAUCGUUCUUUUAAAUCUGCUGACAGCACUCGCGGUAUCUGAUGAACAAAAGAUAAGAGAAAACGCCGAGAUACUCAGCCUGAAGUCACAGAUCGACUGUCUCUACGAAAUGGAAAAAAUUGCAUCACGUCACUACGAGAUCACUAAAGCACUGAAACUCAAGUUUCUCUAUGAUCGAUUGAGAAAAGUGUGGCUCUUCCGAAAAGGAUCAGAAAAAAAUCGGCUGGAAGUCUGGCCUAACAAAGGACAAAUUGGUGAACUGGUAAGUGAGUUGGGCGGUGAAAAAAUAGACACACCUGUGUCCGGCACGAUAGACAUGAGUCUAAUAGAAGAAGCCAAGCAACUGUUGGCAGAACGGCCGAUAUUGUCAGAGAAAGAGGGCUUCGAACAACUCCAUAAACUCGUCGAACAGUUGAAAAUUGUUCAGAUGCAGAUGGAAAACUACAAAGUGGAGCUGGAAAAUACGAAGAAGCCAAAACGUCUGUAAACUGUCUCUGAGUGCGUCUAGGCAUAUUACUUGCUAAUGCCUGGUUUUCUUCUGGAACAGUAUAGGAAACGAGACUACGACAUCAAGAGUUUCAUGAUACAUAGAAUUUAUAAACUGGCGACCUUUGUUAACCCAGCCAACAGAAGAACGUUCGUAGGAGGAAAUGAUAAUCUUCUGUAAUACUACUUACGGGCCAGUAUGCCUUGUGCAUCUUUCUUCCCUGGAGACGAAAAUAAACGCAAACCCCAAAAUACUGUGUCUCGUUUCUCAUUUGCCCGGAAUACUCGAUUGAAUUAAUCUCUUUCUCUCCAAUUACACAGUGAUGCCCACGUUGCUCAGUACAAACUCACUUGAU